UUGAUAUCUAAAAUUAAUAGUAGGAGCAACGUAGGUGUGUUUGACAGCUGUAGCAUUUCUCACUAAUGUACACAUAACGGUGCUCCGAACAGCGAUUUGCAGCAUUUCCAACCACUUUUGGUCAAUUGCCAAUAGUAGAGUUAUUGAAAAAUCUAUAACGUGCUCAUGCAGUAGCUUCGUCAUCCCUCCUCAAUUACAGUAAUUGAAGGUCCAAGAGAUUUGCCAGUAGCUCUUCAUGUUAUUUGAAACCGAAAAAAAUUCCAAUAAAUCAAUGUGGAAUAAAUUUUCCGCCAUAGCAGUGACUAGAUACCGGGGUCGGAUAAAUUCCGAUCUAAAUUACCGAUCUGUGAUCGGUCGGUCGGCUAUAUGUUGCCGGUAAGUGUAAGGAAACGUUGGCAAAGUAGUUUUUCUUUUUUUGCCAGGAGCCAUCCCCUACUUCUCGAAAUCCCCGUGGCUCUCGCGUCGUUCGCGGCCAGGUGGUGGAGGUGGAGGGUUGGCAAGUUUUCAGUUAGUGUGAGUGCGCGUUCGUGGUAGCUUCUAGCGCUGGUAUUUGGUAGUCAGUCAUGCGCGCAGGGCAGACAGGAUUUCAACGCGCAUUCCACACUACCGUGCCGAGUUGUUUGACGGGUGGACAACAUACAACAGAAAACUGAAGAAGUUUAGUUUGAGUUCAGUUCGAAGCGAGUGUUGUCGCGUGGCCGGAGAUCGGUCUUGUUUUUGAUUCCGCGGUGAACAGUCGUUGUUUGUAACGAUUAAACAAUCGCCAGGUUUGAUUGCCCGGUUGAACGAACGCGCUUUUUGUAUUCCAAUUGUUCGGUGUAUCUCUGGAAUAACAUUAAGUAAAUAAAGUUAUUUAUUAAUUUUUUUUUGCCAAACCGAACGAAACAAGUGAACCGCAGGUACGGCCGUUGCGCUGCGUUGCCAAGUUGCGCCAGGUGAACGUGACCGUUUGGUUGUUCCUCUGUGUUACCUGAGCCGUUCGGUCGCCCUGCAACUACAGGAAGCUUGGAUACAGCCUGACGAUGUAAAAAAGGAAAACUCUCACGAAUUGUUCGCCGCAACUUUGGAUACUUUAUAACAAAGAGAAAACACGAAUUAACCCGACCUACGACAAGAGUAACCGGGUGAUAAAAAUGAAGAAAAAUCGUAAACAUCUUCCGAAUGGCCGCAUACUCCAGUGAAUAGUUAUUUGAUUGUUGAUUUUUUUGUUUGUUUUGUUACGCUAUCUAGAGUUCAAAAUCGGCAAUUACAAGCUGAUCACGGUGCAACAGAAGAGUUUUAGGCUGUGAUUGGAGUGACGGGGAAAGUGCCAGUUCUGUUUUAUUAUUAUAAUGGAGAAUUUGCAACGGAUUGUCAAACAUGUACGGCAUUGUCAGCUGCAAAAUUCGACGACGAGGACAACGACGCCGAAAUACACGAAGAAAAUGACGAACGCGCUAAAUAUAUUUGCCGCUCUAACUUUCGUAUGCAUCACAUUCGGCGCCUGCGCUGCCGAGUCACUUCAAGAGCCGAGAUUCUUCACUCAGCCGUCGAGGGAUGGGAAUAUUUUGAGCGAGGGCCGCAUGAAGAUAUUGCAAUGUCAAGCGAGAGGAUAUCCACAACCGAAGUAUCGAUGGUACAAAGAUGGGGCUCCUCUGAACAGCGAACUCAGUACGGAACACUAUUAUCGAAUUUCAAAUAUCCGGAGAGAAGAUGCCGGGGUGUAUCAUUGCGUCGCUACCAACGAUGUCGGUUCAAUCUUCAGCGAGAGGAUAGCAUUUUCCGUUGCAUAUAUGGAGGUAUUCGAAGACUUGGAGGAACGCGCAGUCUUCGUUGAAUCUGGUGACGCGGUGGUAUUGGAAUUACCGGAAAUUGCGAGUCAUCCAACUCCAGAAGUAAGUUGGCAAACAUCGGAUGGGCCACUGCAAUUUAACAUCAAAUAUGCAAAUACCGCGCAUCAGCACACACUUCUCAUCCUCUCAGCCUCCGAAGAGGAUCAAGGAUAUUACAGGGCACGUGCUAUGAACACGCAUGUUGGAAAGGAAGAGAACAGCCCUUUUUUUAAAUUACAAGUUACGGGAGAUCCGAAUAGAGAAAUAGCACCCAACAUCAUCAUCAAACCUCAGGAUAUGCAGAUCGUUAAAGACCAGCCCGUUACCUAUCUCUAUUGCAUAGCCAACGCUAGGCCUUUGCACGAGCUGGAGAUUCUGUGGUUCAAGGAUGGCAUACCCAUCGAGAACGCUGGAAUAUCCUAUAAUUUUUAUGACGUUUGGAAUAGAACGCUUGGUUUGACAUCUGCGAAUUUAACUCAUACCGGACAAUACACUUGUCAUGUAACAUUGCGAACAGGUGGUUAUCCAACUGUGACUGCUAGCGCGAAUAUCUCGGUAUACGAAAAACCCACCUUCAUCACCGAAUUGAAACGAGAGAUACUCGGAGAGUAUGGGUCGAUGGUCUCUAUACCUUGUGAUGCCGUCGGAAUUCCCACCCCGAAAAUUAGCUGGUUUCGAAACGCGGAGCCUGUAGACAAACUGUUGGGAACAAGGUACGAUAUGGAAGAGGAUGGUUCACUUGUUAUUAGAAAACUCUCGAUGGAAGAUUCAGGCAUGUUUCAAUGCCUGGCCACUAACAAAGCUGGGGAAGCAUCUGUUUACACUUGGUUGAAGGCCAAAACGGGAUCAGGGACAGGAAGAAUUGGCCAGAGAGUCGCCCGCUGGGCUGCUGGCUAUAAUGUAGUCAGAGUUCGACAGUCUGAUCGUCACUUUAAGUUCUCUCAAUAUCCAGACACAUCAAUACCAGUUAUGGAAUCUUCACCUCAAAAUAUAACUGUACUCGAUGGUAAAGACGCAACAUUCAGCUGCAGGGCUAUCGCCGCUCCAAUUCCGAAUGUUACUUGGAUUUUCAAUGAUGGGGAUACCGUCGAAGUUGCUGGCAGAGUGCAAUUAUUAGACAACGGCGAUUUAUUGGUUGCAGCAGUUAAACCCAAUGAUGCUGGAAAAUAUACAUGUAUUAGGGCGAACGAAGCUGGGUCUGUCAAUGCAUCAGCUUUUCUCACCGUUCUUGUUCGGACACAAAUUAUCCAGCCUCCGGUGGAUACCGCGGUGCUACUUGGUCACACGGCUGAAUUACAAUGCAAGGUUUCAAGCGACCCUACAGUGCAUUAUCACAUUGCCUGGUUUCAUAAUAAACAAGUUAUAAAUACUCGAGCAAGUCAGAGAGUGAAAAUGCGCGAUGACGGAGCCUUGGAGUUGGCUGCAGUGCGGCCAUCCGAUGUCGGAGAAUAUACUUGUUCCAUAGUUUCACCUGGAGGUAAUGAAACGAGAACUGCACGUCUCAGUGUCAUCGAGUUGCCAUUUGCACCCAUAAAUGUGAAGGCGGUAAGAGUCGAAGAGAUAUCACCACGAACAAUUAAUGUGAGUUGGGUACCCGGAUUCGAUGGCAACAGUCCAACUAACAAAUUUAUCAUACAGAGACGUGAGGUACCUGAAUUAGGUCCAAUACCAGACCCUAUUUUGAAUUGGGUUACUGAGCACAGUAAUGUAUCAGCGGAUAGUCGCUGGGUGCUACUAGAUAGUCUAAAAGCUGCAGCUGCAUAUCAAUUCCGAGUCAGUGCCGUCAAUAGUGUCGGUGAAGGAACUCCUUCUGAACCAAGCAAUGUUGUUGCGCUUCCACAAGAACCUCCUUCGAGUCCACCUUUGGGAUUUGUGGGCUCAGCAAGAUCAUCUUCAGAAAUAAUAACUCAGUGGCAACCGCCGUUAGAGGAGCAUCGUAAUGGGCACAUUUUGGGAUAUAUUUUACGCUACAGAUUGUACGGCUACAACGAUAGUCCAUGGACACGCCAGAAUAUCACGAAUGAAGCGCAGAGAAAUUACUUGAUCACAGAUUUGAUAACCUGGAAAGAUUACAGCGUUCAAAUUGCGGCAUAUAACGACAAGGGGGUUGGAAUGUACACCGAUACAGUAAAGAUUAAAACCAAGGAAGGCGUCCCCGAAGCCCCGCCGACAAAUCUCAAAGCUAAAGCAAUAAAUUCUACAUCAAUAAAAGUAUGGUGGAAACCUCCGAAUCCACAAAAAAUUAAUGGCAUCAAUCAAGGGUAUAAAUUACAAGCUUGGAUUAAUGGUAAUUUCACCGAAGAGAACGAAUACAAAUCGACAACAGUUCCGCCGAGUUUGUUUGAUCCCCUAGCAGAGCAGACAGCUAUCAUAACAGGGUUGAAGAAAUACACCAAAUAUAACAUCACAGUUUUAUGCUUCACUGAUCCAGGAGAUGGUGAACGAAGUGCACCUGUCGAAAUCCGCACAAGUGAAGAUGUUCCUGGUGCUGUUGAAAAUCUUCAAUUUGACGAAAUCAGUGAUCGAGCGGUAACAGUAAAAUGGAAUCCACCGAGCGAAGCAAAUGGAAUUCUAACUGGUUAUCAGCUCAGAUAUAUGAUCAAAGAUUCGCCAGAGUCAUUGAGGGUUGAAAACUUUACUGCCGAUGUGCAGUCGACGAAAAUUGAGCAUUUACAGGCAACAACGCAUUACAAAUUUGAAGUAGUAGCUUGGACGUCCAAAGGUGCAGGCAAGCCUAAAGUUGCGACCAUUCAAUCGGGUGUUGAGCCAGUACUGCCUGAACCCCCUACCAAACUGGCUCUCUCCAAUAUCGACGCUUUCUCCGUUGUUCUUCAAUUCACACCAGGAUUCGAUGGAAAUUCCUCGAUCACCAAGUGGAUAGUGCAGGCGCAAACGUCCCGAAACACGACGUGGUAUACAACGUAUGAAGUUUCCGAUCCUGACGCAAGUACCAUAACUGUUGAAGGUUUAACUCCAUUUAUGCAAUACAAAUUGAGGCUGAUAGCUAAUAACGUUGUUGGAAUAUCUGAACCUUCCGAACCUACGAAGGAAUUCCAAACGAUUCAGGCUCCUCCCUCCCAUCCACCUCGAAAUGUAACCGUUAGAGCUAUGAGUGCCACUGAUUUACGCGUUCGAUGGAUCCCACUGCAACAAGUAGAAUGGUAUGGAAAUCCUAGGGGGUACAAUAUCACGUACAAAGAAUUGAGGACAAACAAGUCAAAGAGCAUCUCGAUCGAAGAUCACACGGCAAACUCUUAUGUCUUAGAAGGCAUGGAAGAAUUUGCUCUUUACGAGAUCGUCAUGAAGGCUUAUAACGAUGUUGGAUCUUCAUCGCCAAGUCCAGAAGCGAUUGAAAGAACACGUGAAUCAGUUCCCUCGCUCGGCCCGGUAAAUGUUGAAGCAAAUGCAACUUCCUCAACAACUAUAGUGGUGAAAUGGGGUGAUGUUCCCAUCGACCAUCAAAAUGGACAGAUCGAUGGCUUCAAAGUAUACUAUGGUGCCAAUAAUCGAUCACCAUUCCAAUACAAAAGUAUUCCGAGUAAUUCCACAUUCACGACUACAUUGACAGAGCUCCGAAAGUUCGUCCAAUAUCACAUACAAGUCUUAGCUUACACUAGACUUGGCGACGGUGCUUUGAGUGUGCCACCGAUUAGAGUUCAAACGUUUGAAGACGCACCUGGGGCUCCAUCGAAUGUAUCUUUUCCGGAUGUCAGCUUUUCAACGGCCCGCAUAAUCUGGGAUACGCCAGAAGAUCCUAAUGGUGAAAUUUUGGCAUAUAAAGUCAUGUUCCAUCUAAACAGCAGCCAAGAUCAUCAAUUUUCUAAGGAGUUUCCAGCAGCUGAUCGAACAUUCCGAGCGACUGGACUACAACCUGAACAAUAUUACAUGUUCUCCGUGACUGCUCAGACAAGAUUUGGAUGGGGAAAAACUGCAUAUGCGCUGGUGCUUACAACAAACAAUAGAGAGAGACCUCAGCCGCCAUCUGCGCCUCAAGUUAGCAGGUCACAAGUGCAAAGUCGACAGAUCACAUUCAGUUGGACUCCAGGGAGAGACGGAUUUGCCCCCUUGAGAUAUUACACAGUGCAAAAAGCUGAAAAUUCUGGAGCUUAUCAGAUCAUACCCGAACGGGUAGACCCUUCAGUAAAUUCCUACACUGCAAACAAUCUCAAGCCAUUCACAAACUACCAGUUUCGCAUACAGGCUACAAAUGAUAUCGGCCCUUCCACUUGGAGUACGGAAUCUAUUCAGGUUCAAACGCUCCCUGCUGCGCCAUCCAGAGCUGUAGUUGGGCUGAAAGUUGUACCUAUAACAACGUCCAGUGUAGAAGUUCACUGGGAGCCUAUCGAAGAGAUAUACUGGAGCGGAGAUCACGGGACGGGUGGUUAUCGGGUUGUUUAUCAGCCUGUUUCUGAUUUUCCAACGGCUCUUGAAGCCACUCCCAAAAAAGAAAUAUUAGGAAUCGAACACGAUAUGAUAGUUUUGAGCGAUUUGAUGGAAGACAAAAAUUAUGAAAUAGUCGUAGUGCCAUUCAAUUCGGAAGGUGAAGGUCCACCAAGUCCGCCUGUCACCGUUUACGUCGGUGAGGCUGUUCCUACGGGAGAACCGUUGCAGCUUGAAGCUAAGGCUGUAUCCUCAGUUGAAGUACAUCUGAGUUGGAAACCACCCCAGCUCAGUAUGCAAAAUGGGGAUCUUCUAGGGUACAAGAUAUUUUACCUAGUCACGGACUCCCCCCAGGAAUUGGACAAGCCUCAGGAAGAAGAAAUCGAAGUUGUACCUGCUUCAUAUUUGACACAUGGCCUAGUAUUUCUCGACAAAUAUACCGAAUAUCGUAUACAAGUAUUAGCUUUCAAUCCUGCAGGUGAUGGACCUCGAGCACCACCGAUCACAGUCAGAACAAAAGAGGAUAUACCAGGGCCUCCGCACAAUUUACAAUUUAUUGAUAUAACUAUGACGAGUAUGCGAGUCACGUGGGAUCCGCCUAAGAUGCGUAACGGAGAAAUUGUUGGAUAUAUCGUGGCUUAUGAAACUGCAGAGCAAAACGAUCGUUUUAGCAAACAAGUGAAGCAAAAAGUAACGGAAACGAGUUUACUCGUUCAGCCUUUAGAAGAGGAAGUAACUUAUACGUUUACAGUUAGAGCCCAAACCAUAGAUUUUGGGCCAGCAAUAUUCGGCAACAUAACAACCGGACCACAGCAAGGCUCGCCUACGGCUCCAAGUGAACUUACAAUUUCGAAGACUGUCACCAGUGUAGAUUUACAGUGGGUCAAUGAAGCAUCUGGUAAAGGGCCUAUAUUGGGAUAUUACAUUGAAACUCGACGCAAAGAUGAUGCUCGCUGGCAGACAAUCGUAAGGACGAGCAAUGGUCCUCUUACAGAACACACCGUAUCUUAUCAAAAUCUGCUUCCGUCAACUUCGUAUUUAUUUAGAGUUAUAUCGUAUAACCGGUACGGCAUCAGCUAUCCAGCCUAUUCCAAAGAUGCGGUUUUAACUCCGUCAAAGUUGUACCUGGAAUAUGGCUACCUGCAGCAUAGACCCUUCUACCGGCAAACUUGGUUCAUGGUCGCCCUUGCGGCAUGCUCAGUUAUUAUCAUAAUUAUGGUAAUUGCCAUAUUAUGUGUAAAAAGCAAGAGUUACAAAUACAAACAAGAAGCCCAGAAAACUCUUGAGGAAUCGAUGGCAAUGGAUAUCGACGAUCGACAGGAAUCAGAUUUGGAAUUAUACAGAUCGCGUCAUCCUGGUGGAGGAACGAUGAAUGUUGCUAGUAAUUGUGGUACACUAGGCAAAAGAGGGACAUUGGCUAGGAAAUCAACGCAUCAUCCUCCGCCUCCGACGAUGCUUGGAAAAUCUCCACCUAGACCUUCUCCGGCAUCUGUAGCAUAUCAUAGCGACGAAGAGAGCCUGAAGGGCUAUGAUGAAAAUCCUGAUGACAGUAGUGUCACAGAAAAACCUUCUGAAAUUAGUUCCACUGAUUCACAGGGUUCUGAAAGUGAAAAUGAGAGCGUGCAAUCAGAUCCGCACUCGUUUGUGAACCAUUACGCGAAUGUCAAUGAUUCACUGAGGCAGUCUUGGAAACGGCAAAAGCCCGUUAGAAAUUAUUCUUCGUAUACAGACUCUGAACCAGAAGGAAGCGCUGUGGUCAGUUUGAACGGAGGACAAAUCAUCAUGAAUAAUAUGGCGAGGUCGAGGGCUCCCUUACCUGGUUUUUCGUCAUUCGUAUGAUCCGUGAUUUCACUCCAAAGAUCCAACGACUUAAAGACUUCAACCAAAAUCCUAAAUAGUGUACGUGAACGUGGACAAAAUGACAAUAACGCAGAUUACUUUUGAUGGUCACGGCUUUCGACGGUUAAUAGUGUUGUGUUGUAUGAAUGGUGAGUAAAAGACUGUGACAGACACUGGAUAAAAAGACGUUUUUCAAAUUGAUAAUCUUAAGUUUUAGGUCAUCUUGAUAUUGUGAUAUACUGUUACAUAUAAUUAUUUAUAAUUCUAGGCAUUCUCAAUUCAUAUGCGAUGAGCUCAAGUCCAUCUUCAGCAAUUAGUAGCUAGCCAAUCGAAUUUUUUAGGUAAUUGCCUCCUUGUCGAACAAACGCAUAACUUUUUUAAGUUCUCAUUCAUUCAUAUACAUAUUGUAGAUAGUUACGUGAAAAUAUUUGACGAGACAAGAUUUGCCUAUAGAAACCAGGCAAGUCUUACAAUGAGAAAUGAAAAACGGAGAAGAUUCUGUUUCAUUGAUACUUACUACUUCAUUUACAGAUUCCAAAAUAGCUCUUUAUUUAAAAUAAACAGCAUACACAAUUUUUUUUUUUUUUUUGCGUUAUCACAGCUCUUGCCUGGUUGCACAAUGCAAUUUAUUCACACGUUACAAAAUCUGUGAAUAAGCAUGCGUUCAUUUUGAAUACCGGUAAGAGUUGAAAAUACCAGUCGGAAAUCGUCUCUUAACAAAAUUUUACUUUUCGUUUCACUGCCGAAUGUUUCUAUACGAAUACAAACAUUUUUUUAUUUUGAUUAAUAUGUUGUGAAUAAAAUAGGAAGCCCGUCUUUAGUCAAAUGAAAUUGAAUUAGUGCAGUUUUCCUUGUACAUAUAAUUUUUCAACCAAUGAACUGGAUAGAAUUUCUCUAUUAUUAAUUUCGCGAUCGUUAUAGGAACUAGGGCUAGAUAUAUGGGACAAGGUGUACCGGACUAAAGAGCUGGAAAUCAUAGCAAAAGCAAAGAAAAAUCAUCUCGGAAUUUGAUUACUCAAUUAAAAACUGUUUCUACGAAUCAUAAAUAAUUCCAUAAUUCAUUAAGCUUACUAAGUGGUUGUAUAUAGAACGGUUUUUUAAUGCAUUUUGUAAGGUUAUUUUCCUAUUACAUUCUUUAGGACCAAUUCAAGGGUAAUAGAAAAAGGCUGAUCUUUCUACUUAUAUCGUAACGUCUACAUACUAUAUCGACUUAUAAUGAUCCUUCAAGGAGCCCAGAGCAUAAGUAACUGUACUUUUAAAACAUAAAAAUUUAAUCAGGACAAAAUCUACUCACCUAGGAAGAAUGAAAAGGAGAAAAAACGCAAGGUUAUCACAAAAUUUGCAAACAUUAGUAAUACCCUGUUACCAAUUAUGCUCUAGACUUCCAAAUCAAUGGAGUAGAUUUUACUACGUCUUAUAGCAAUGAAUUAAAAUCACCGUCCGGUGUUGUAACAAAGAGCUAUAAAUAUAUUAUACUAAUUAAUAAGAAUAGAAGGAACACAGAAGUGUCUCUUUAACACUGCCAACAAAUUUUUAGUUCAAAUUUUUUUAAUAUUUAUAUUACUUUACUUUUGUAAUUAUUAUUAAAAUAAUAUAAAUUAUAACUGAUUAUAAUAAAUCAAUCAAAUUAUAA